GCCUCCUCACGCCUGAAGUGAUCGCUAAAAUCAGCCGGUACAAGUGCGAAAGGCCGACCAUUUUUGCCUGGGAAAUCCAGACAAAGCUUUUAGCUGAAAGAGUCUGCAAACCGGACACAGUACCCAGCGUGUCAUCUGUUAACAGAAUAUUAAGGAGUCUUCAGCAGGAUCUGGGCCAUUUUGAAAUGGAAAACUGUGUAGCUCAUCCAGGACCUGCAGAAAGCACCAUGGGAAGGCAGGAUAACUUGACCAAUGAGUGGACGUCAGCGGGAAAUGGUGGUCAGUCCAGAAAAACCGACCGCAGUCGAAACCGCACUAUAUUUACCAAAGAACAAUGUGGAGUGUUAGAAAAAGAAUUCCUGCAGUGUCACUACCCCGACACUUUCACCCGGCAGAAACUAGCAGCGGAGUGCAACCUUCCGGAAGCGACAAUAAAGGUCUGGUUUUCAAACAGAAGGGCAAAAUGGCAGAGGAAAGAGAAACUCAAACACAGUCGCACCCACACGGAGAAUGCGUCGCUUGCUCAGAACCCAAGCCUGGCAUCUCAUCAGCACUGGGGGGCUGCCUUCUGGGUCACCAGGAAUGAGGACCCAUGGAGAGGCGUGUCUAUGGUUCAACCAGCUCAGCCAUUCUGUCAGUACCAGACCCCACAAGACCACAUGCACCAGAGACACGGCCAACCUCUUACCACUGAACAAUACCAGCAGGGUUCUCCGGGCGCCAGGAGGACGGGUCCCGUGGGCAGCGAAGCGUUUCGGGUCCCUCAGGGGUCUUUGGCUCCCCGCCCCGCAGAGAAGAGCACCCAUUUCCUCCCCCUUCACACGGGACAAUACGCACCCCUCCUCUUCUCCCAAUACUGAGCCCAGCGUGGAAUACACGCGGUCUCAAAAUGGGAGCUUUAUUCACCUGUGCACAGUCAUUUACACUGUGCAUAGCCAUUUACACUGUGUACCACCAUUUACACUGUGUACAGCCAUUUACACUGUGUAGAGUCAUUUACACUGUGUACCACCAUUUACACUGUGCACAAUCAUUUACACUGUGCAUUGCAACAGUUCUUAUGCACAGUAAAAACAAAACUUUGCUUUUGUGACUUUAAAUAUGAAAUGGGAUGCAAUUAGUUUUAAGAACAAGUUAUUUUUGAGAGCUUAUUUAUAAUAGUAGACUGCAUUACUGUUUCCAUCUUAAUUUUGGUUAUUGAAAAAGACCCAAAGGUGAAAGAGCAAGCACUUCCUGUUAAUCUUAUUUAUAUUUGUCAUAUGCCUUUCUGAAAGUUCCACAGUGCUUAUUAAACAAUAAAACUAUGUUGUAUGUAAACAGUAAAUGUAUGUAUGUAGUUUUUAAAAUGUAUUUUACAGCUGAACUCUUGGUCAGUUAAAGCUUUUUGAAAAUGGGUGCUUUAGUUUUUUUAGGAUGAGUUUCUGAAACACAUCUUAAUUGGAUGCAGGUGUGGCUCGUUGAGUUCAUUUCAGUGACCAGGUGUGAACACUUUCAGCAGUUUGGGUCUCACUUAUUUUUUCUCUCAUUUAAAAAAUAAAGUUUUAUAAAGUUUAUAAA